CUAUCGAUCUUACUAUUCUAGUGCAGUUCACUCAGAACGGUCGUUGCACAGUGCGUCCGAUCCGGGUGAAAAAAGUAAGACCAAAACGAACAAAGACUAAUAAGUGGUCUGUGUUCUAGCACGGUUAGUUAGUUGUUUCGGGGACUUUUUGUUACAACUUUUAAUGGGUUAUACGUGGUUAAAUUCUGCCGACGUUCUAUAAUCGUUUUAUUGUGUGGUUUCUCAGGGUAGAAAGGUGAUUUUUUGCUAGUGGAAAACACAUGCGGAUGAAAGUGAAUGGAAAACCUUCUGUGGCUGAAGAAAACUUCUCGGACGCACCGUUACUAAAUAAAAUCGCCCAACAUUACGUGAAAGUUGUGAAUGUCAGUGUCAAAACAAAUUACCCGCCGCUCGUGCUAGCUAACAGUGAAUACACCUAGUGAUUAGUGUUACGUAUGCGCAUUCUUCCCGUCAUUAUUAUCAUAAUCAUCAGCGUCGGCAUUGCAAAGUGUACUAAAUACAUUAAGCCAACAUGUCGGGGGUAGUAAAUCGAUCGUUCGUCGGCGAUCAUCAUGAAGCAAACCCAACCGAGCGUGGAACAGAUAAAUUGUCAACCCCAGCGGGAGUUGCCAUCAACGGUAGUGGACCUCCCGUUCUAGUGGAGACACCCCCGGAUGAUAACAGUUCCGGCAGUGGCGAGCGUGAAAAAUGGGACAAAGGCGUCGAGUUUCUGCUGUCCUGCAUUGCGAUGUCCGUAGGUCUGGGCAACGUGUGGAAAUUCCCUUCGACUGCGUUCAGAAACGGUGGCGGUGCUUUCGUGAUUCCGUACCUGAUCGUGCUGCUCAUUGUGGGAAGGCCGGUGUAUUACCUGGAAAUGGUGAUGGGCCAGUUCUCCAGCCGAGGCAGCGUCAAGGUGUACGACGUUUCACCCAUUAUGAGGGGCAUUGGAAUCGGUCAAAUGAUCGCCAUGUCGAUUGUGAUCUCGUACUACGCGGCCACGAUAGCCGUCGCGAUACGGUAUUUCUUCGCAUCCUUCGCUAGUGAGUUGCCAUGGGCAAAGUGUGACCCCGCUUGGACCGACGUGAACUGCGUUGAUUCCACUAGCCUAACUGGAAAGGCGAACUUCACUAACUCGACGCUUCCGGUAGAAACUUCGGCUGAGCUGUACUACACCCGGUCGGUCACCGGAGAGGCGUUCCUAGUUGGAAGUGAAAUUGGACUACCCGAUUGGAAGUUGGGACUGUGCCUGUUAUUUAUCUGGGUGUGCAUGACAUUUAUGUUGAUUAAAGGUAUCCGCGGAUCUGGCAAAAUCUCCUACUUCCUAGCGCUGUUUCCGUACGUGGUGAUGAUCUUCUUUGCAGUGUAUUGCUUUACGCUCGAGGGGGCCAUGGACGGUUUGCUGUAUUUCAUUAAACCAGACUGGGAACAACUGCUAAAUCCGACUGUUUGGAAGGAAGCUGUGUCUCAGUGUUUCUUCUCUCUAUCGAUCUGUUUCGGUGGAGUGAUCGCGUAUUCGUCGUUCAACAACUUCUCCAAUAAUAUCUACCGGGACGCGAUGAUCAUUUCAUGGCUCGACACUUUCACAUCGCUACUGUCCGGAGCGAUCGUAUUCGCCAUCAUCGGUCACUUGGGAGUAAUCACCAAUGAGACGGAUUAUACCAAGGUGGUCUAUCCGGGAAGUGGUCUGACGUUCAUCACCUAUCCAGACGCUCUCGCCAAAUUCGAACAUGUACCGAAUCUUUUCUCGUUGCUGUUUUUCUUCAUGUUGUUUGUGUUGGGAAUCGGUAGCAAUACGGGAAUCAUUACAAGCGUUGUCACCGCCAUUAGAGACGAGUUCCCGGGACUAAAGAACUGGAAGAUCGUGCUGGUGAUAAGCGUGCUUGGAUUUACGUCUGGUUUGCUGUUCAUAACACCUUCUGCUUCCCGCCUAAUCGAUUACGUUGACUUCUAUGGUGUGACGUUUGUUACCCUUACGUUGGCUGUGGCCGAAUUGGUUUGCUUUUGCUGGAUUUACGGUGUGCAGCGUAUUUGUAACGAUAUCGAGUUUAUGUUGGGUAUCAAAACCAGCUUCUUGUGGCGUUGGUGCUGGAAGUAUGUUACUCCAAUGGUGAUUGCGGUAAUUUUGAUAGUAACGUUCAUAACCGGAAGUCAGCCGGCUGGAUUUUCCAUUGAAUAUCAUGUACUCGGAUGGCUCAUCUAUGCCCUCGCCAUAAUACCGUUGCCCAUCAUGGCCAUGUGGGCAAUUGCGUUACAACCAAAGGGCUCAAUCUGGCAGAAGAUCAUUUCCGCAAGCCGACCGUUGACCGACUGGGGUCCGGAAAGCCUUUCGCUGAAGAAAAAAUACGACGACUUUGUUGACGAUCGCGAGCGAGUUAGCUCGAGAAAUGUUCUGCAGCGAGUGUUUUUCUCGCGUGAAAAAGUUUAUUCUGUGAAUAUUUAGAUUGUAAUAUGUGUUGUUUACGUAGUAGUUUCAUCUGUGACGAUUUCAUUGUGAUUUUAAUAUGUUUGAUUUAACCCCAACUCGCAUGUGCCUCAACAACGAACGGACAAUCAUAUAUAGUCAGUAUGUAAUAGUAUUAACGUAGCGCAAGCACCUACCGUGAGCUCAGGAGAGGAAAUGCUUUAUUCUACUUAGUCCAAAUCGGAACCGCACAACCCCAUGACUGAAUUAGUUCUCCCACGCUGAGCUAUUUAGCAUUAGCCUUAGGAACCAGUUGAGCAUGAACAAUUGAUACGAUAAAUAGCCAGUAGUUCAUCAAGAUAGCGUAAUGAUCUGACACGAGGUUUCGCGAAACAACGCUAGUCCGGUCUGUUGCAGCUGUAUCCGGACAAGCGUAAUCUUUUAUUUAAAUUAUCUCACCCUUAGAUUGUAAAUUUUUCAGAUUUUUAUCUUAGAAGUACAAGUGACGUGAAUCGGCAAUUGGAUAA